AUGGAGCAGGCCCGACAGGAUGGUGGUAACUCUAAAGGAUCACUCCGACCUGUUAGCUCGAAUUCUAGAAGUGACCACAGUGCAGUAUCUGAUUCCCCUAAAUCCAGCUUGCCAGUGAGCAGGCCUCUCUCAGGAAAUCAACAUAUUAACAGAUCCCAUCAACCUGUGGGUCAACAGAAAGCUGUUCAGUGGAAGUCAAACCAGAAGCAGCAUACACAGUAUUGGGUUGAAUGUGAAUUGAUUGCAAAAGAUAGUGAAAAUGGCACAUCAACUUUGACUUGUUGGAAAGGGGGUUGGGUGAUCAUACGUAAAAACCCGCGCCACUGGUUUAGUUAUCAAGAGCUCACACAACACAAUUGAAAUGGGAUGCUGCACGAGUUGUAGAGGUUGAAAAUAGCAGUGGAGAAACCAUUCUCUAAAGAGUAUCAAGAGAAUUCUAAGGCUGUAAGUUUUGUUUUAGUGUAUAGUUAUAACCUAGGUUAUUACAUGAUUCAAUGCCAGCUUGUUUAUUCUGGUUCGACUAGCUUACGUUCAGUUUUCUUGGGUUUCAAGGGGUCAUUUCUGAGCGAUUUGAAUGUUGAGUUUGAGUAUGGCUUUUGAUGG